CUAGCCAACCCCACCACCACCACCUCGCUUAGUUGUGUUUUCGUCUUGCCUUUUUCCACUAGUCUCUCUCGCGAAGUAGUUGGAAAAUUGAGAUUUGCAAAGUUUUCGCUGGGACCAAAAGGACAAAUUUUCUUACAACCGAAAGGAAAUCAUACAGUGCGUGCUUGCGAGUGUGUGUGCCAUCAAUCCUGUCGUGUGUGUGCGUGUAUGUAUGCAAGUGUGGGACCCCAAAUUAAAAGCAAUACCACACUAAAAAAAACCGACACAAUCACACACGGAAAAGAACAGUUUAAUUCAAUUACAAGUAAAAUUAAAGUGAGUGCGCGAUAAUUGUCAACUGGCCAGGUGGACAGCAAAAUAAACGGAGGUGUUACGUGAAAAACCAGAGAUCGUCGAGGGCUAAAAAAUCCUUUUAGUGGCUGGCUGAAAGGAAAGAAAUUGAUUUUCCAUUUUCCACAAUUGCAAUUGGAAGCAGAGAAGGAAAGAACAAGUGUGUGUGUGUGAGAGCGAGGGGGUGUCCGAGUGAAAGAGAGAGCGGGCGACGGAGAGAGCAGCACUUCCAGGCGUCGCAUCCUCCUCCUUGUUAAAUUGUCGCAUGCAAUGAAUAUUGUCGGGGAAUAUGAAUAUAGCUCCAAGGAUAUGCUGGGCCACGGCGCCUUUGCCGUCGUCUACAAAGGACGUCAUCGCAAGAAACACAUGCCAGUGGCCAUUAAGUGCAUCACGAAGAAGGGACAACUGAAGACGCAGAAUCUGCUGGGAAAGGAGAUCAAGAUCCUGAAGGAGCUCACCGAACUUCACCAUGAAAAUGUGGUGGCUCUGCUGGACUGCAAGGAGUCCCAGGAUUGCGUCAGCCUGGUUAUGGAGUACUGCAAUGGUGGCGACUUGGCGGAUUAUCUGAGUGUUAAGGGAACGCUGAGCGAGGAUACCGUCAGACUCUUUCUCGUGCAACUAGCUGGUGCUAUGAAAGCACUUUAUACCAAAGGAAUUGUGCAUCGUGAUCUCAAGCCACAAAACAUUUUGCUAUCGCACAAUUAUGGCAAAAUAUUGCCAGCUCCAUCGAAAAUAACCCUGAAAAUUGCCGAUUUUGGGUUUGCUCGUUUUCUGAACGAGGGCGCCAUGGCAGCCACUCUGUGCGGCUCUCCCAUGUAUAUGGCUCCCGAGGUGAUCAUGUCGCUGCAGUACGACUCCAAGGCGGAUCUCUGGUCGCUGGGAACGAUUGUCUACCAAUGUUUGACUGGCAAGGCGCCAUUCUAUGCACAAACGCCCAACGAACUAAAGUUCUACUACGAGCAGAAUGCAGACCUGGCGCCAAAAAUUCCAAGUGGCGUGUCACCGGAGCUGAAGGAUCUGCUGUUGUGCCUCCUGCGUCGCAACGCCAAGGACCGCAUCUCGUACGAGAGCUUCUUUGUGCACCGCUUCCUUCAGGGCAAGAAGGCGGCCGCGUCGCCAGUUGACAUGCCACCGCUGGGCGGAACCCCGCCUGCCAAGGCCAAGAGUCCCUUGCAGCAGCAGCUGGAGCAGGAACUGCAGCUCUUCAAGCUGGCCGAGCAGCAGCAGAAGGAGCGCGAGGAGCUGGAGGCCCAGGAGGAGGAGAAUACUGUUUCCGUGGUGGCCAAUCCGGCCAUUUGUGCCACCAUUACCAACGUGGGUGUGCUGUGCGAUAGCGAGAACAACAGCGGAUCGUGCAGUUCCCACGAGGACUCAGAUGACUUUGUGUUGGUUCCCAAGAAUCUUCCCGAGGAUCAGCGCCAGGGAUUGGCCCAGGCCCAGGCCCAGCCCGCUUCCGGUGGCCAGCGUCCACAGCCGCAACAGAAUCAAUCCAGUCCGCCGCGCCCCAGCAGUCUGCCCAUCUCGGAACCCAAACCAGUGCCGGCACCAGCUCGUCGCCAGGUGGCUAACAAUCCGGCCAGCUCUCCAGCCAGGCAGGGUUCCGGACCGCUGACGGUGGCCACUUUGGGAGGCCAGCAGAUACCCCGAUCGCAGCCCAUUAGCGUGAAGCAACCGCGACCGGAUCAGCGCAAGAGCAGUGUGAGCAGUGACAUCAACUCGAUCUCGCCGCCGGCGGUGCAGUUUGCGAUUGGAACGCCGCCCACGCGGAUGCGUUCUGCCUCGGGAGGAUCUCUGUCGGAGACACCGCCGCCGCAUGCACCGAGCACCUGGCAAGUAUCGCCGGGACACUCGCAAUCGCCAUUGCGAAGGAGUGGCAACAGCUCCCCUGUUUUGCCGUCCGCAGCGCUUACAAAGCUACCCACUUUGGGCAGUCCCACUAUGCUGGUGGCUCCAGGUUCCCUGGGAUCGAUUGGCUCGGCGGGCAGCGGAUCGGAGAACAAUAACCAGCAUCAUAUGCUGGGACCGCGAGCCUUUACGCUGCCCGAACUGGGGGCCACUGGUGGGCUACACAGUCUGCUGGACACAGGUGUCGGCGGUGGUGGGGAACAUCAUGCAUUCCAGGCCCCAGAGCUUUCGGAGGAGACGCUGAUGGAUCGCGAGCACAACGAGACUCUGUCCAAGCUGAACUUUGUGCUGGCCCUCACCGACUGCAUCCAGGAGGUGGCCGACUCGCGGUGUGCUCCGCUCUCCACGCUCAUGGUGGCCGGCAGUCAGUCGGCGGCAGCAGCUGCGGCGGCGGAUGCCCAGCAGAUACCGCCACACGCUCCGGAGCACUGCAAGCGGGCAGAGCGCCUGGUGCUGCUCGUCCGAGGACUGCAGCUCCUCUCGUCCGGCAUGAAUCUGGCCUCCCAGCAGUUGCGCAAUGGCCAGCUGAAGCCGUCGUCCAAUGUGAAGAAUGCUUUGCUCACCAUGAACGCCAAAUACCGGAGCAUGCUGUUCGAAUCGAAGCGACUCAAUGGCAGCGGUCUGUUGCAGAAAGCGAAUGCAUUUAAUAUUACGGCGGACAAGAUUCUGUACGACUAUGCUCUAGAUAUGUGUCAAGCGGCUGCUUUGGAUGAACUAUUAAAGAACACCAAGAAUUGCUUUGAGCGCUACAACACCGCUCAUAUUCUGCUGCAUUCAUUGGUACAAAAGUGCAAUCAUCCGCAGGACAAAAUGCUGCUGAACAAAUAUCGCGAUGCCGUUGAGAAGCGUUUGAGCAUAUUGCAGCAGCAUGGCUACAUAUAUGUAACCGAUGAGAAUGCUUAAGUAUUCGGGGCAGAAAGAGCUUUAUUCCAACCAUGAAACACCGGCAAUCUUCACAACAUCAACAACAUUUCCUUAAGUUAUUCACCGUUUCGUUGGGAGUGCAAACAUGUGAUUGAAACAAAAACUACACUAUCCAUACAUAGACAUACCGACAAAUAAUUUAACCACCACCCACAAAUCGUUUCUGGCGUUCUCAGACCCCAAAAAAACUGUCCAAUGUAAAUAGUUUGAGCUAUGCAGAUGUAUGUAGUUUUUGUUUUUCUAUAUAAUUUUCAGCCCUUGCGGCACCCAUAAUUGUUAAAGCUUAUAUUGAGUGCAGAAGCAACAUGAAUAAGGGCAGAUAAGAGUCCAUAUAGUUGUAAGAUAACAAUAAUAUAAUAUAUAUAUGUUUACAUAUAUAUAUAUACAACACGAAAGCUAACUAAGCAAACCACAUUACAUAACGUAAAGGGCAAUAUGCAAGCCAAACUCAGUUUAAUUCUAUGUUUUAAGAAAGAAGCUGCAGAACCCAGAUCCAUAUAUCAUGUGCUAGAAUUUUCCCCGUAGUUUUAAUGCCUAUUUUCUUAUUUAACAAUCUAAUAUUCCCUCUAUUAUAAUAUUACAAACAUACCAUACAAUAUUUAUGGCUGCACUACACAAACAUGUUUACAAUGUGCUAUGUUCAUAGUUUUUAGUUAGGUCUUUUCUAAAACAACUUUAAAGAGGUAUUUAAUUUUAUGACGAAGUUUAUAUUUUAAAGAAACUUUUUAAGUUUUUCUACAACCGAAGCCCACAAAACUUUCGAAAAAAUCUAUAUAUGUAUAUGGUAUACAAAAGAGAGAAACACAUAAGAGUGUAUAAAAAGGAAAAUAAAAUAUCGAUUUGAACUAAUAAAAAGUA